AUGCGGGGGCCACAGGGCAAAGUCGCCGAGCUGCGCUUCGAGCUGAAUAGCGGCGGCAAGAAGGACAAGCACUUCACCGCCAAGAAGAUCGCCCUCAAGAAGAUUGUCGCCAACAUGACUAUGAGCAACAACGAUAUGGUCGCCUUGUUCCCGGAUAUUGUUGGCUGCAUGAACAUUCCGAAUCUCGAGAUCAAAAAGAUGUGUUUCCUCUUCCUGGUCAACUAUGCCAGGAUGCGCCCGGAUGUAGCGGUAAAAGCCAUCCCCGUCUUAGAACACGACAUGCAAGACCACAACCCCCUGGUACGGGCGCUUGCCUUACGAACCAUGUCUUACAUCCACGUACGAGAAUUUGUCGAGGCGACGGUACCCAUCGUCAAGCAGCUUCUCCGAGACCCGGACCCGUACGUGCGUAAAACAGCAGCAUACUGCGUGGCGAAACUGUACGAUCACGACCGCCACAUGGUAGAGAAGUCGGACCUUAUCGACAGGUUAAACGGCCUGCUGAGGGACGACAAUCCAACCGUGGUAGCGAGCGCGUUGGCUGGAUUGAUGGACAUCUGGGAACGGAGCGACGCCAUCAAGCUCACCAUCGACUACAGUAAUGCCUCCAAGAUGGUUGCCAUCUUGCCAGAUUGCUCAGAAUGGGGUCAAACAUACAUCCUGGAAGCCCUCAUGUCCUACGUGCCGCAAGAAUCGGGAGAGGCCGCGCUCCUGGCUGAGCGUAUCGCCCCUCGCCUCUCACACUCCAACUCGGCCGUCGUACUCACCUGCAUCCGUGUCAUCCUCUACCUAAUGAACUACAUGGCCGAUCAGAAACAGAUCGCCGCUCUCUGCCGGAAGCUGUCGCCACCCUUGGUCACACUGCUCGCCAAGGGGCCCGAGGUACAGUACCUAGCCCUUCGAAACGCCCUGCUCAUCCUCCAGCGGCGACCCGAGGUGCUCCGCAACGACAUCCGGGUCUUCUUCUGCAAAUACAACGACCCCAUCUACGUCAAGGUCACCAAGCUCGAGCUCAUCUUCAUGCUCGCCAAUGAAAAAAACAUUGACGAAGUGCUCACUGAGCUCCGCGAGUAUGCCACCGAGAUCGAUGUGCACUUUGUCCGCAAAGCCGUCCGCGCCAUCGGCAAGCUGGCCAUCAAAAUUGAGCCCGCCGCACGGCGGUGCAUCAACCUCCUGCUGGAGCUCGUCGCGACCAAGGUCACGUACAUCGUGCAGGAGGCGACAGUGGUCAUCCGCAACAUCUUCCGCAAAUACCCCAACCAGUAUGAGAGCAUCAUCGGCACGCUCUGCGAGCACCUCGACUCGCUCGACGAACCCGAGGCCAAGGCGGCCAUGGUAUGGGUCAUCGGGCAGUACGCCAGUCGCAUCGAGAACUCGGACGCGCUCCUCGAAGACUUCCUCUUUUCCUUCGCCGAAGAACCCGUCGAGGUGCAGCUCGCCCUCCUGACCGCCACCGUCAAGCUCUUCAUCCAACGACCCACCAAGGGCCAGGACCUCGUCCCCAAGGUCCUCAAAUGGGCCACCGAGGAGACCGACAACCCCGACCUCCGCGACCGCGCCUACAUGUACUGGCGGCUGCUCUCCACCGACAUGGAAGCGGCGCGGCGCAUCGUCAUGGGCGACAAGCCGGCCAUCACGGCCGAGUCGGAGCGGCUCGACGCCGUCACCCUCGAGGAGAUGUGCCUCAACGUCGGCACCCUCGCCACCGUCUACCUCAAGCCCGUGCAGACCGUUUUCCGCAACGCCCGCCCCCGCCGCCUGCAGGACUCCCCCGCCCUCCAGCGCCACGACCUCCCCACCGCCGCCGCCCCGCCCGGCCUCCAGUCCGACGCCAACAAGAGCCUCAGCCAGCUCGGCCUCGGCGGCCAGCCCGCCGACUUCGACCCCCGCACGGGCCGCGACUACAACCCCCAGCAGCAGCAACAACAGCAACAGCAAGCGGCGUCAUCCCAAAACGAUAACCUCGCGCAGGCCGUCAGCGACGCCGACGCGUAUUUCGCCACGCAGCAGAUGCGCGGCAUGCAGAUCCAGGAGCAGGGUGACAGCUUUGGUGGGAAUGGCGGCGAGGCGGCCGGGUAUGUGGUCAACCAGUACGCGCCGCAGACGGUGUACCAGCCGGCGGCGCAAGGGGUGGCGGGGAAUGGGGAUUUGUUGUUGUGA